AUGAAGAUUUCGGUGCAGGAUAACCUCCAAAGCGUCGUCUGGCAUGGCAUCGUGGUGCAGUAUCACCCAGAAGCGAGCGAGCCUUUCUUGAGUGCGGAGGCCUCUUUCCGUCGACUUUUCGAUUCCUUCCAAGUGGAGGAUGCUGGAAAGAGGCGGCCGUUGAAGUCUAUGCUCUGCGUCUCCGAGGCGAGCCCCUCCGGGCCGCCGAAAUUAAUGCGGCGAGCGGACACCGUCUAUGCCCUGGACGGUGUCGAGGAGCAGGAGGAGAGCUCCAGCUCGGAAGAGGAAGCGCCAAGGCGCGAGGUGCGAGAGUCCAUCGUCGACCGAGCCGUGCGCAAGGCAGCUCUCAAAGGAAAGCUUGAGCCGGAGCUCUGGACCAAGACCUUCUGGUUUAGAUUGUACCUGGCGGUCAUCGGCAUCGUAAAUGUGCAGGCGGGCGAUGGGGCAAGUACGGAGGACUGA